GGAUCUGGAUGCAUGUUUUAUUAAUGCUCUUCUCAAACUAUAUAUGUCUAUAGGUCGUUCACCUUGGCCAAUUAGUUGGCAAUAAUAUGCAUCUCGUCUCUGUAGUGGAACAAUUCAUAAACAUACUGCCGAGGUUCUCCUAAUGGCAUGACUACAGAUAUGAUGUGUGCAAGAUAUAGGAAUGGGUCUAACACCUGAUGCAAGUUAUAGGAGCAUGAAAAUAUGUCAAGGGAAUAUUUCUUAAGAGAAUCUUUUAUGUGGCCUAUGAAUGACUCCCUACUUUCUCAUGAUUUUGUGCCAUUGUUUGAAGUAAACUAGCCACUUGACUGUUAUCUGUGCUGUGUCAAACCAAUGGAAGAAAAUAAUUGCCUGCUUUUAUUUUUGAAUUACGGAUAUCAUGGUCCUUCUUCCCCAGUUUCUUUGCUUUUCGGUUUGAUCAGGGAUCUAGCUCUUACAUGUCUGACUAAGCCUAUGUCGUUCUUUUUGCUGCAGGCAACAGUUAAUCGAUCUAAGGGGAAUCGUACUGAGUUUUCCAAAGCUGAACUCAUUCAGAAAAGUUCUUACUGCCGGGUUUCAGGACGCGAUAUGGAUCUUCUAGAAUUGUCAGCCUAUGGCAAUGUUCGUCGUGGACAAGAUUCUGGGGGAUGUAGAAUCCAAUGA